GGGCGACGGGCUCACCUAUCCACUGUACUCGAUUCUUUCUCCCAAUGCCAUCUUUUUUGCCCCGAGCUCAAGCUGUUCAUAAAUAACGAACCACCUCUGGCCCUCUGUCUCGAUAUAUCUCCCUCUCUCUCCAUAAUCUUUUCUAAAUAAACCACCCCAAACUUUCUCACCACACCCGCCGCAAAAAUGUCUAACCUUCCCCACGAGCCCGAGUUCGAGCAGGCCUACCAGGAGCUUGCCUCGACCCUCGAGAACUCCACUCUCUUCCAGAAGCACCCCGAGUACAAGACCGCCCUCAAGGUCGCCUCCAUUCCCGAGCGCGUCAUCCAGUUCCGUGUCGUCUGGGAGAACGACAAGGGCGAGCUCCAGGUCAACCGUGGUUUCCGUGUCCAGUACAACUCCGCUCUGGGCCCCUACAAGGGCGGUCUCCGCUUCCACCCCUCCGUCAACCUUUCCAUCCUGAAGUUCCUUGGCUUCGAGCAGAUCUUCAAGAAUGCCCUCACUGGCAUCUCCAUGGGUGGUGGCAAGGGUGGUGCCGACUUCGACCCCAAGGGCAAGUCUGACUCCGAGAUCCGUCGCUUCUGCGUUUCCUUCAUGCGCGAGCUGAGCAGGCACAUUGGUGCUGACACCGACGUUCCCGCCGGUGACAUUGGUGUCGGUGGCCGUGAGGUCGGCUACAUGUUCGGAACCUACCGCGCCGUCCGCAACCGGUGGGAGGGUGUCCUGACCGGCAAGGGUGGCGCCUGGGGUGGUUCGCUUAUCCGCCCCGAGGCCACCGGUUUCGGUCUCGUCUACUACGUCCAGCACAUGAUCCAGUACGCCUCAGGCGGCAAGGAGUCGUUCAAGGGCAAGCGCGUCGCUAUCUCCGGCUCGGGCAACGUCGCGCAGUACGCUGCGCUGAAGGUCAUUGAGCUCGGCGGUACCGUCGUCUCGCUGUCCGACUCCAAGGGCGCGCUCAUCGCCACCGACGCCGCUGGCUUCACCCCCGAGAUCAUCGACCAGAUCGCCAACAUCAAGCUCAACCGCCAGGCCCUGACCGAGUUCUCCGACCCCAAGUACCAAUACAUCGAGGGUGCGCGUCCCUGGACGCACGUUGGCAAGGUCGACGUUGCCCUUCCCUCAGCGACCCAGAACGAGGUUUCCGGCGAGGAGGCCAAGGCUCUCAUCGACGCCGGCUGCAAGUUCAUCGCCGAGGGCUCCAACAUGGGCUGCACGCAGGAGGCCAUCGACGCCUUCGAGGACCACCGCCGCGCGGUCAAGGACCAGGCCAUCUGGUACGCUCCCGGCAAGGCCGCCAACGCUGGUGGUGUCGCGGUCUCUGGUCUCGAGAUGGCUCAGAACUCGCAGCGCCUGGUGUGGACCGCCGAGGAGGUCGACGACCGACUCAAGCAGAUCAUGAAGAACUGCUUCGAGAACUGCCUCGAGACCGCCAAGGAGUACGUGUCGCCUGCCGAGGGCGAGUUCCCCUCGCUGGUUGCCGGUGCCAACAUUGCUGGCUUCAGCAAGGUCGCGGCUGCCAUGCGCGAGAUGGGCGACUGGUACUAAGCUAAUGCGCGCCCGUGCGCACGGCUUAGGUCUCUCUCUCUCUGCCUAAAUUGCUGAGCUGAGCUGAGCUGGUCUACCUGGUACUACCCUAAGCGCAAGGCUUCUUCUUCGACUUCAGUGUUUUUCUCUUUUUAGCCAGCCUAAAAUGGCCUUUUAUGCGGCUUGG